GGAAACGACAGGAAAGAUGUGCUGCAGAAACACAAUACCUACAGCUUAGACACAGCUAAGAAGAAAGACAAGACAAGUUUAUAGUAUAGGUGCAAGGAAAGUUAAACAGCAGCAUAAAGUUCAGGUGCAUUCAGAGACAGAUUUCUCAUACUUGUUCCAAACCAUGAGCCCAAAGAACCACAGUGACUUAGAUCCAGUUUUGGAAACAUCUGCACUAAAAUACAGAGAAGCCUCACGACUUAAAGUGACCUCUGCUGUUGUCAUCCUCGUUUUUGUUGCGCUUGCUGUUUUCCUUGGACUGAUAAUUACACAUUUUGUUGCCAAGACCCAAACUAUGGAUGAGACAUUACAACUGGAAGGUAUUAUUUAUGACAUCUGUUUACAGGACAAGUCUUCAGAGUACCAUAAAAUGCUGACAGCAGCUCUGCAGCAUUUGUUAAGAGAUAUCUUCAGAAUCAGCGGGCUGGAGAGCAGCUACAUUGGAAGUGCAAUUCUUCAGUAUGGAAACCGAAACACCACUGUAGUGGCCAAUGUUCGCCUAACAUUCACUGCAGACAAAUCAUGGACUCGCAACUCAACCACGUAUAAUGCUAUCCUCAGGCAAGGUCUGAAAGCAGUAAGUAGAAAUGCUGGAAUCGUCCUGGCUGGCUAUGGGAAUAUUACUGCAGCUGUUCUCACUGGUGCAACAUCCCAUUACAAAAUAGAAAAAAAAUCUGGGGCCUGCCCUAGAAAUGCAUAUGUUUGCAUCAAUUCUCUUUGCAUCACUAAAGUAAACCCGGAGUGUGACAACAGUGCUGACUGCACAGAUGGCUCGGACGAAGCAAACUGCAAAUGUGGGAGCAGACCUGCCAUGAUGCAGGCAAACAGAAUCGUAGGGGGAACAGAUGCUUCCAAAGGGGAAUUCCCCUGGCAAGUCAGUCUUAGAGUUGAAAACGAACACUACUGCGGUGCAACAGUAGUCAGUGAAAUCUGGCUACUGUCUGCGGCCCACUGCUUUGACUAUUUCCCAAAUCCAGCAGAAUGGAAAGCAUAUAUUGGGACAACCCUGCUGAGUGCUACAGACAGCAGUGCAGUUAAAGCUGAUAUUCAAACGAUUGUACGUCACCCAUCCUACAACUCUGAUACCUCAGACUACGAUGCAGCACUGCUGCGGCUCUCAUCACCCCUUACGUUUAACAAGUACAUUCAGCCAGCUUGUCUGCCUUCAGCUGUCCAUGUUUUCUCGGCUGGGAAGAGCUGCAUCAUCUCAGGAUGGGGGUACCUCAAGGAAGGCAACCCUAAUAAGCCAGAGAAUCUGCAAAAGGCAUCUGUAACCAUAAUUGAACAGACAAAAUGCAACACUCUGUACCACAACGCCAUCACAGACAGAAUGAUGUGCGCUGGAUUCCUACAAGGAGCUGUUGACUCUUGUCAGGGUGACUCUGGUGGUCCAUUAGUUUGUGAGGAAGCCUCUGGUAGAUUUUUCCUGGCUGGUAUUGUAAGCUGGGGUAUUGGCUGUGCCCAGCCUGGGAAACCAGGUGUCUAUUCCCGAGUGACAGAGGUGAGAGACUGGAUCAUUAACACAAUGGCAGAAUUAUCGGAGAUGGUGCCCACCACUACGUUUAUACCUCCGCCUGUCCUCCCAACAACCACUGCUACUGCUGCUGCUCAGCUUACAACAACCACAACAUAUUCAAGUACUGCAGGCCCCACAAGUGUGUCUACAAGUAUAUCAACAGCAAUGAUGGCGCUAACGUCUAAUGUAGUUACUACAACACCCACAAUCAAUAUAGCUGCUGCAACAACAAUUCAUACAACUGCCACAACUCCUGUAAUAACUGCACUUUUGGUAGGAACAACCACAAGUCAUUUAACAACUGUGACUUUUUCACCUACUACAAGUCAUGUAAGCAUAACAGCUUCAACAGCAAAAACAACUCAUGCAAUAGCUUUGGAUGUGGCAACUAUCAUAGCUCAUCUAACUACCACAACCUCAAAAACUGCUUUGACUUUGAUUUCUACAACUACUACAUCUGCAAAGCCAACAACCAGCACCACUGCAAAAGCAACCAAGACAACAAGUAGUGCACAAACCAAAAUUACUAAACCUGUCACAGCAGUUAUCAAAACCAUGAAGCCUACCACAAGUACAAAACCAUUUAAACCUAUUGCAACUAUUGCAGCUAUUAAAACCAUGAAACCUACCUCUGCCAGAACUGUGAAACCUGUGAUGGCUUUUUGGCCUAGCACAAUAUCAGCAGCUAUCAAACCAAUGAAGACUACCAGCAUGCCAGUAUUUACGAAAACUGUGAAAGCAACCACAGGCACAGCAGCUGCCACGACCAGAAAGCCUGCAGUGGUAGCAGUAUCUUGUACAAGCUCCACAUUCAAGUGUUUAGACAAGACCUGCAUCAGGAAGUUAAAUCCCGAAUGUGAUAGCACUGAUGACUGCACUGACGGAUCUGAUGAACGCUACUGCAACUGUGGAAAUACUCCUGCUGUAACUGCCAAUAAAAUAGCAGGUGGGUAUUCUGCAGCUCGUGGGGAGUGGCCCUGGCAGACUGGUCUUCACCUGAUUCGCCGAGGACAUAAGUGUGGAGCGACUCUAAUCUCAGAAAGCUGGCUGCUUUCAGCAGCUCACUGUUUUGACUAUUACAGAUUUCCAAGGAAUUGGGUUGCCUACCUGGGUACUCUGCACCUGGCUGAAACUAACGGCACCAAGAUGACAGUACGCCGCAUCAUCACCCAUCCCUUCUACAACAGCUUCAGCUUAGACUAUGACGUGGCUCUUAUCGAGCUGUACGUGCCAAUAACAUUCUCCAGCACGAUUCAGCCCAUCUGCCUUCCUGCCCCGACUCAUUCCUUUCCUGCUGGAACAAAGUGCAUCAUCACAGGGUGGGGGUCCACCAAAGAAGGAGGUCAAAAGCCUACGAAGCUACAAGAGGGCAUAGUGCAGAUCAUUGGAGAUGAUUUUUGUCACAAGUCAUACCCCUACCAGAUAACCAAGAGGAUGAUGUGUGCUGGCUUCAUGAAAGGAGGAACUGAUAGCUGCUGGGGUGAUGCAGGUGGUCCUCUGGCCUGCAGAGAAUCCUCAGGGAAAUGGUUUUUAGCUGGGCUGACAAGCUGGGGCUAUGGCUGUGGAAGACCCAACUACCCAGGAGUCUACACCAAAAUCACAGAGGUCAGAGACUGGAUAAAGCAGUACAUCUCCUUCUGAACAUAUCGAUUCAACUCAGGGAAAUAUGGGGGUGCUGUGAAUGGCUGCAGGGUUUCAAAAUGGAUGACUCAAUAAAAUUAUCCGUUGCUGAAAAUGCUGCACAUCAACAAUCAUACAUGAUUAAUCCAUUGAAUCUGAUUUGACAGAGCAUUCUCACUAUGACUGCUGGAGUGAAUGAAGAAAGUGAAUCCAGCAGCAGUAUUCAUGUUUCAUACCUAUAAAGGCAAAAAUGUUAUGCAACAGCUGAUGCUUCUAAGGACCUUGAUGCUACUGCAAAGUCACCAGUUUUAUUUUUAAAGCCAAAUACAGAACUCAAGUGAUUUGUUUUUCUUGUUUUUAAGACACAUGGAAAGUCAAGAUUUACAGAACAAAUGUGAUUGUAAAUAACAAACCAUACAAAUAUUCAAAUAAUUUGAUUAUUUCAUUGUAAUUUAGCAGUGUGAUGUGAAAAAGUAAAAGAUCUGUGGGUAUAUUUAUGUAUGUAUACUGGAAUAUACAUUGUGAUCAUGGGGUAAUGAUAUUCACAGGGGAUCAAAUGAAGCAAAGUUCAACCAUAUGGACCAAACUGUUUUUAGCCCACCAGAAUGUUUGACAGUCACCUUUCCAGUGCAAAUGCCAAAGGAAUAUAAAAGUGAUCACUUUUCAAUGUCAUAUCAAUAAGUCAUUAUAAAAUGUUCAGAAAAUUCAAAUUAUGCAAAGUAUAUAUAUAUAUAUAUAUGUUUUGGCCCCACUGCAUACCUUCCAUCAGACCAUCUGUUGUUUUACUCUGAUCAUCCCUAAUUUACUAGUCCCUGAUAUUAACCGUAUGGAGAUGGGAACCACAUCAGCUGUAGGCAGGUUGGGAAGGGACCAUGGAAAUCCACAGCAGAGCUUCCCGCCCUGUCCCUUAUGUUGUUGUGUAUGUGGGGAAUAUUUUGUAACACCUUAACUGGGCGGAUCUGUUGAUGUCAUUCAAAUUACCAUACAUAAUACCCAUUAACUCCAGCCCUAUAAUCUUUUGUUGAAUUUUAAUAGCCUUUAUUUCCUUAUGGUUGGUUACCAAAUCCCCAUUAUUGGAAGCGUGCCAAAACACAGGCAGAAAUUGCUUGUGUCUCGCCCAGACUGUUUGAGCUGACAGAAUGCCACUCCUUCCCACCCUUGCCCCCUCCAGCCUCUAAUCGGUCUUGGGUCAUCUGGGUGGCAGGACUUCCAUCCUUGUACACCCUGAAGCAGGGCUACUUAAUGACGUGCUGUCUGUGUGUUAAAGGGAAAAGUUCGGAAUACUGUCGUCAUGGUAGAAGGUCAAUAGUUUGCCAGUCCCUUACCUGGGAAUACAAUAUCACGUGCAGACAAUUCCUUAUUGAAGCAUUUGCUUAGCAUUUCAAAACAACAAAAUGUAACCAUACUUCAGCCCUGUGGUAAACAAUCCAUUCAUAUAUUGUACUUACCAGGUAAAUGCACCUGGCAUGCAAUAUUUGUUUUCUGGCACACUCUUAAUAACUACAAAAACUACAAUAAAAUAAGUUAGUUACAUGGCAUUCUGUCACCAUGAAAACAGCAACUGCAGUGGGGAAAAGUAUACGGAAUGGUGAUUUAGUAAAAGGUUACAUACUCUUUCUGACCGGGGGCUUUAUGGCUUCAGGACUCUAUUUACUAACCAAGCUAUACAUGUUCUACCUCCUGUGGAAAGAAGAUAUUACAAGUUUAAACGUGACUUUUGGGGGAAGA